UCUAAUAAUCAUUGGAAUUAUAAACGAAUUUCACAUUUAUUAAUUAUGAAAACAGUGAUACUGGACAUAAUAUUUCUCAUGUUUGUGAACCAAAUUAUGUAUGUUUUUGGAAAUAUAAGCAUAUUGAGUGGACCGGUAAAUUCGACUGAUUAUAGAAAAUUAAUAUGUGUCUCGAAGGAUGAUGGCAGCGCCCUUGUGUGGAUCAACACAUUAAAUUACAAUACCAUUACAGAAAGCAGCAAACAGAUUUACAAUUCGAAUAAAUACAUUAAUAACGAAAUAGAUUGCAAAAUGAAUAGGAAAGAUGAAGAGUGCUUAAAGUCAUGGAGUAAACCGAAAUGGAGUUUCACAAGUUCUCUUGAAACGCCUAUGGGUCCGGUAUUUGAUGAACGAUGGGAAGAUUUUAAGGAAUAUGAAAUUAAAAGAAAUGAAUAUGAUUCUAUAGAUUUAAAUACUUCUACAAUAGUAUUCUCGUUUUUAAGAUAUAAAUUUAUGCAGAUAUUAUUUUGUAAUAGAGGAGAAGAUUCCAUGCAUUAUUGCCAUCGGCUUAUAAUAACUGAAUUUGGUCGUGACAUAAUUUACAAGAUAGAAACUUGCGAGGGAAAAUCUUACGAGAACGAGGACUUAUUACAAACUUUAUAUCCUAAAUGCAAGCACGCAACUGGCUAUAGAAAAAUCUAAAUAGAUGCAAAACUA